ACUACAACAUUGAAGAAAGAGCAAAAGAUUACAAAGAACCGGAUCCAUACAACAUUACUGAAGAGAAAUUCUAUGACAGAAAAUCAGAUACUUAUCAUCAACGAGAAGAUUUCCGACGACGUCAAAAUUGCUAUAAAUCACGCUACUAA